GAUUCCAGGCACAAGAUGAAAGGCUGUGGUCUUGUCUUCAGUCUUCUCUCUACUGUGUUUUCUCUCCUCUGGACUCCUUCUACUGGGUUGAAGACACUCCACUUGGGAAGCUGUGUGGUAACCACACACCUUCAGGAAAUACAAAAUGGAUUUUCAGAGAUACGGGACAAUGUGCAAGCCAAUGAUGGAAACAUCGAUGUCAGAAUCUUAAGGAGGACCGAGUCUUUGCAAGACACAAAGCCUGAGGAUCGUUGCUGCCUCCUCCGCCAUUUACUGAGACUCUAUCUGGACAGAGUAUUUAAGAACUACCAGACCCCAGACCAUCAUACCCUCAGGAAGAUCAGCAACCUCGCCAAUUCCUUUCUUACCAUUAAGAAGGACCUCCGGCUCUGUCAUACCCACAUGACAUGCCAUUGUGGGGAGGAAGCAAUGAAGAAAUACAGCCAGAUUCUGAAUCAUUUUGAAGAGCUUGAGUCUCAGGCAGCAGUUGUGAAGGCUUUGGGGGAACUAGACAUUCUUCUUCGAUGGAUGGAGAUGAAAUAGGAGGAAAGUGAUUGUGCUGCUGAGAGUAUUCCAGGCCAAGAGUCCCGGUCCUCAUUACCUGUGGAAGUAUGAUCCCAA